AUGUUUAGAUUAGCCUUACGUCAAGCCAGAUUUGCUCCUGCUCCAAUUAGAGCCAUCAAGCCAUUCAACGCCAUUCGUACCUAUGCCGUUGCACCAAUCACCAAAGAAGAAGUUACUAAUCGUGCUUUUGAAGCAUUGAAAACCGUUGCUGCUUUACAAGAAUCUAACUUGAGUGUCGAAUCAUCCUUCACCAAAGACUUGGGUUUGGACUCUUUGGAUACCGUUGAAGCCUUGGUUGCUUUAGAAGAAGAAUUUGAUUUGGAAAUUCCUGAUAAAAUCUCCGAUGAAAUUAAAACUGUAGGUGAAGCCAUUAACUACAUCUUUGAAGAAGAACAAAAGUUAUAA